AUGAAUAUACUAAUAGUAGUAGUAGUAGUAAUAGUAACAGUAGCACCACCACCAGCAGCAGCAGCUGCGCCUUUCUGGGGCUCCUUGGCCCCGCGGCCUUCCGGCCGAGCCCCUCCUGGCCGCGGGGCGAGUUCGCGCAGGACUAGCGCCUUAACUGAAAGCGCCGUUGAGACGCCGAGCUUACGUCACCUUCGGCAGCGCCGCCUCGCUCGCUCGCUCGCUCGCUCCCGGCCGGGAAUCUCCUCCUCGGGCUUCGCCGCUCGGCUCCGGGGCGGGAGGGGGACCCGCGCUUGGCUCCUGCCGGGGCGGGCGCGCGCGCGUGUCUUUGGCAAGCGCCGCCUGCCUCUUCGGGCCGCGGCCUCUUCGCCCUUCGCCCGGCUCCGCCGCCGCCGCCUUUUCCUUCGUCCCUCCCGGUUGUUUGAAUUUGGCGCCCGGAGAGCUCGGUCCGCGUCACGUGACGCGCCGGGACCAAUCGGCAUCGGGGCAGAAGAAGAGCGGAGGACGUCAGGGUGCCUUGGAACGGGGGCGGGGCUUCGGCGGGCUGUGGGCGGAGACAAGGCCGCGCUCCGGAGCGGGGGCUUCGAGGGAUCCCUCCGAGAUCGCGGUGCGUCUGGGGGGACCCUCGGGGAGGGGGCCGCGGCAGGAGCCUCUAAGGAGGCUGCGGGCCACAUGCUCAGCCGAAACAAGGAGGGAGAGAGCAUCAGGGGGUUGGGGCUGGGUGGCCAUCAAUAUGCAGAUGACACCCAGCUCUACCUCUCUUUUAAAUCAGAACCAGUGAAGGUCCUGUGUGAGUGCCUGGAGGUGGCUAACAGAUUGAGGUUGAAUCCUGACAAGACAGAAGUACUGUUCUUGGGGGACAGGGGGCGGGCAGGUGGGGAGGACUCCCUGGUCCUGAAUGGGGUAACUGUGCCCCUGAAGGACCAGGUGCGCAGCCUGGGAGUCAUUCUGGUCUCACAGCUGUCCAUGGAGGCACAGGUUAAAUCCAUGUCCAGGGCAGCUGUGUAUCAGCUCCAUCUGGUACGUAGGCUGAGACCCUAUCUGCCUGCGGACUGCCUCGCCAGAGUGGUGCAUGCUCUGGUUAUCUCCCACUUGGACUACUGCAAUGCGCUCUGUGUGGGGCUACCUUUGAAGGUGACACGGAAACUGCAGUUAAUCCAGAAUGCGGCAGCUAGACUGGUGACUGGGAGCGGGCGCCGAGACCACAUAACACCAGUCCUGAGAGAUCUGCAUUGGUUCCCAGUACGUUUCCGAGCACAAUUCAAAGUGUUGGUGCUGACCUUUAAAGCCCUAAAUGGCCUCGGUCCAUUAUACCUGAAGGAGCGUCUCCACCCCCAUUGUUCUACCCGGACACUGAGGUCCAGCACCGAGGGCCUUCUGGUUGUUCCCUCACUGAGAGAAGCAAAGCUACAGGGAACCAGGCAGAGGGCCUUCUCGGUAGUGGCGCCCGCCCUGUGGAACGCCCUCCCACCAGAUGUCAAAGAGAAAAACAGCUACCAGACUUUUAGAAGACAUCUGAAGGCAGCCCUGUUUAGGGAAGCUUUUAAUGUUUAAUAGGUUAUGGUAUUUUAGUGUUUUGUUGGAAGCCGCCCAGAGUGGCUGGGGAAACCCAGCCAGAUGGGUGGGGUAUAAAUAAUAUAUUAUUAUUAUUAUUAUUAUUAUCAUCAUCAUCAGGGCUGCCAGGGAACCAAGGGGGGCAGAUGGGUUGGAGAGGGGCCCCCCUCAGUUUCUUAAAAGAAAGUUAAGAAUCAGGAGCAUAGCUGUCAACUUUUCCCUUUUUUUAAGGGAAAUUCCCUUAUUCCGAAUAGGAUUCCUCGCAAGAAAAGGGAAAAGUUGACAGCUAUGAUCAGGAGCGUCAGAAGGCACCCAAGGGAGCGGGGUCCACCGUAUUAAAAAUAAAUUCAUUUUUGUGGAGAUUGUUGUGGUUGAGCUAGAACACAAAAAGAUCUCAAGCAAACAAUUGAUGGCAGAAGCGCACUGUUUUUCUCUCUGCAGGUCUAGAAGCAGAUUGUCCUACUCUAAGGAGCGCCAUUCGGUUUUUCCCCGCUGACAUCGGGGGACACCAUGAAGCUGAACAUUUUAUUCGAAGCUGUUGAUGCCUCCAAAGAGGAGGCGUGUAAGCAAAGGAUGGAAAGGAGAGCUCUUGUUCACUGAGGCCCCCAAAGAGGGCCUUGUGUACCCCUAUGGGACGCCACUUCAUCCAGGGGGCAGUCCAAGAUGUGUACCCACCAAACCAGUAAAUCAGAUUGGGAGUACUUGGGUAUGGUCUUCUUGUCUUUUUCUUUAUAUUGUGGGGAUGUACUGUUAAUGCACAAUUGCAGCGCUUGCUUGGUGUCCUCACUGUUUUCUGUGCUCUGUGUUCAAAAGCUCACUAUCCUGCCCUUGCCUUGCAAAAUAAGACCACAAGUUAUUAUUAUCAUUUUUUUAAAGCUUGCCUGCCCAUAUUUCCUUGGAAAACCCAGCUCUUGUUAAUUAUUCUUAUCUCUCUUUACCUGUACAACUAUUGCUUUAGAUUAUUUUGGCCUACAAAAUAGUUUAAAACUGUUUCAUACCCCCAAAUUCUCUUUCAGCCCUGGAGGCAGUUAUUUCAGUGGAAUUCUGUCCAUAAAACAUUUCAAACUUGACUCUGUUUCAACAUUUGUAUCAGAAGUAGGUUCUUGACCACUAAGCAGAUGCCAAGUAUUUUAUGGUGCUGUGCGACGCUGAUUUUGUUGCAACAGACUUAACAUAACUGUCUGUCUGGAAAUUGCCAACAGAAGACAAGGCAGAGCUCGGCUUGCAGCUAUGAAACCAUUACGGUGCUUAUUUUGCUCAUAAUUCUGGCAGUUUGGUGCCUUACUUCUCUUCAUCAGAGGGAAAUAAUAAAUAAAAUAAUAAGGUAACAAUUGCAUGCACAUUUACUUGGAUGUAGCCUCUUGAACCCAGUGAAUCUUACUUUUGAGAAAAUAUGCAUAGGAUUACUGUAAAUCACAUGCAUGAGAUUUGGUUUUUUUUAAAAAAAUCUGGAUAUUUAGAAAAUGAAUAUAAAUACAAUAUAAUGUUUGCACAACCCUUUCUAGCAAUUUCCAAAGAGGGAUUGGAUAUCAAUGAGAAAAUGGUAUCAGUAAUCGGAGCUGAUAAGCCAAUCCCUACCUCUGCCCAUUUAUUAAUGGCUCCACUUUUGUACUUCCAUUUUGUGACUGAGUAAUUACAUGGGCCCUGGGGGUAGAAAGUUUGGGAACCCUUGAUUUAGAAUAUGCAUAGCAAAGGGAUAAAUGAAGCAUUUAUCCAUCAUUUCCUAAUUUCUUACACUGCCUUCAACUGUAAUAUGGAGAUAAUACAGACUUAUGUUUCAGAACUAUUGCAAAUAUUACUAAGAGUGUACAUUAAGGUAUUUGAAAUAGGGAUGCUUGUGUUAGCUUAUUAUUAUUGCUUAUUUUUCUCAGAUAAUUCCACAGUUUGAGAGUGCCAGAUCACUGGGUCUCCAGAGGUGGUGCCACGGUUCCCCAAACGUGAAAAUAAAGGAUACCAACCAUGCCAUCCCUGUGGUGGCAGGAAGGCAUUGGAGGCCUGCAGCCUACAAGUUUUCUCCACUAAUGUUUGAGAAUGCAAAAACAGAAUCCUGUGCUGUGGGGACUUCAGAACACCCUUUGGACUUUGGUGGACAAGCAGGAAACUUUGAGACAUGCUGUAACCAGCCAAGACCUCUUCCUACUGCAGCUUCCAUCAGGCCUACAAGCAAUUCUAGGGCUGGGAUGGAAAAUCCUUGUCCCUGCCCCUUAUCUCCUUAUGCUGACCCAGUUGCAUUCAGCCCACCAGAGAGAUGCACUCCAGAACAGCCUUCCAUUGAGGCCCAUAAUUAUUGUCUGCCCCAGAUGGAUAGCUUUACUCCUGGCCCAUUUAGUAAUCAUGUUGGUGAGGAUAUUUCUAAUGACUUUGAGGCUACAUCUGUGCUGGUCGAGGACACUCCUGAGGACGAAUAUGGAGUUAAGGUAACAUGGCGGAGUCGAUCUCUCUUAAUGAAAUACCUCAGAGAAAAGGGAAUGCUGAGCACCAGCGACGUCUUAGUGAAGACACAAAUGAGUGCAGUGCUUACUGAGGCCAAAGAUAGCUAA